AAAAAAUUUAUUUCAAUGUUUUUUUCCUUCUUCCUCCACCCCUUCUCCUCGGCCUCCUACUCCUCAUCUUCGUCCCCCUCCUUUCCUCUUCCUCCUCCUCCAGGAGCAUGUAAGGUGGUGCAUCAGGACAAGGAGGAGGAGGCGGAGCUCGCCCCGACCUCUCCGCCCUCUUGCUCCCCAGAGUCUCCUCCCAGCACCUCCUCCUUCCAGACCUCCACGGCGGGGACCCCGGUGACCCCCUCAGCCCCGAGCCCCGUGGAGGGCCCCGGGACCUCGGAGUGUGUGGUCUGCAUGGAGACCGGGUCUCAGGUGAUCUUCCUGCCCUGUGGUCAUGUCUGCUGCUGUCAGCUGUGCAGCGGCGCUCUGCGGUCGUGUCCUCUGUGUCGCAGCAGCAUCACCCAACAUGUCCGCCUCUACUACGGCUAGGACCACCUAGGACCACCCCCCCCCCCCCCACGACGACUAGGACCACCUAAGACCACGAGGACCACCUAGGACCACCCCCCCCCCACGACGAGGACCACCUAGGACCACGAGGACCACCGAGGACCACCGCCCCCCCACGACUAGGACCACCUAG